AUGCCAUCUGAUGAUCAUGGCAAACUACAUAUGAUUCAGAAGUGUCAAGAAUACUAUCGAGGUAACAGGAAAGAAUUGAAACUCAUUCAAGAGUUUGAUGAGACCUACCGACGAGAUGAUGCCAUUCGAUGGUAUACAAAACAGUCAUUUGUUUAUAAACUCAUCAACAAAGCUCUACGAACAGAAGAUAUUGAACAGCUCUACCUGUUUCGAUUCUUCAUCGUUGAUCUUUGUUCAUGUCUUGCACAAGAAUAUGAAAAGAUGAAACAGCGAGAGAAGAAUGUGCUCCGAGUCUAUCGUGGUGUCAGGUUAUCGAGCGACGAAUUUGAGAAGCUGAAAGAGAACGAAGGUAAACUGAUUUCCACCAAUGGCUUUCUCUCCACCAGUCGUUGUCGUGCAUUAGCUUCACAUUUUGCUGGUGAAUCAACAAAGCAAGGAAGUGCUGUUAGUGUUUUGUUUGAGAUCGAAUGUGAUUUGAUCGGCUUGAAUGAUGUGAUUGUAGUAGCUGACAUUGCUCAGUUCAGCGGUUUUACUGAUGAGGAGGAAGUGCUCUUUGACUUAGCAGCAACAUUCAAGAUUCUGUCUAUUCAUCGAACAGAGUUGAACGUUUAUGUCGUAAAAAUGACAGCGACAGGUAGCGGAAGAGAGUUUGCACACCAAUAUAUUGCUCUGAAUAGGAAAGAGCUCGAGCUCGAAGAGAGGAGUGUAGUUGUGAUGUUCGGUUCACUUCUCUGUGGCCUGGGACAAUACAAGAAAUCGCAGAAAUACUUUCAGAACCUGCAGCAAAACCCUGAAGCAGAGGAUAUUGCUCAAAUUCAACUUGGUCUCGGACACGCUUAUGCCUCCGACGGAGAGUACACUAAAGCCCUAACACUGCAUGAAUGCGCUUACGACAUCAUGAUGAGCACCAGCACAGUACGUGUUAAAGAAUCAGCCAGAGUGCUGAAUAAUAUUGGUGCUGUUUAUUUUCACAAAGGCGAGUAUGAUCGUGCUUUGGAGUUUUAUGAGAGAAGUCUGAAGAUAAGAGAGAAAUGUUUGCCAGCACAUCAUCCGGAUAUUGCUACGAGCCUCAAUAAUAUUGGUGCUGUUCACUGUCUUAAAGGCGUGUAUGAUCGCGCUCUGGAAUAUUCUGAGAGAAGUCUGAAGAUACGGGAGAAAUGUUUGCCAGCCGAUCAUGCCGAUAUUGCUAAAAGUCUGAAUAAUAUUGCUGGUAUUUAUUUUCGUAAAGGCGAGUAUGAUCGUGCUUUGAAAUAUUAUGAGAGAAGUGUGAAGAUAAACGAGAAAUGUUUCGCAGCUGAUCAUCCGAAUAUUGCUAUGAGUCUGAAUAAUAUUGCUGGUAUUCAUAAAGGCGAGUAUGAUCGCGCUCUGGAAUAUUCUGAGAGAAGUCUGAAGAUACGGGAGAAAUGUUUGCCAGCCGAUCAUACAGAUACCGCGAAAAGUCUGAAUAGUAUUGCCGAUAUUUGUUCUCAUAAAGGGGAGUAUGUAAAUCAGUCACUAUACAAUUGA